CAUUUUCCUUCUAGAAUAAAGAAGUUGAUGAGCAUACAGUAGAGAAGAAGCUGAAAAUGACGAUUCUCAAUGAAGAAAAAUACGUGAGGUUUGAACACUGCAAGUCAGAAGAAAAUGGAAUGUUUUCAGUCAGAAAAUCAUCGAUCAGCUCAUGCAUGAGUACUAUUAGAAGAGGAACUGCGAGGGGUUCCGAUAGAAUAUGUGGCUUAAUAAGAAAAUCACUGUGCACCCCUUUCCUAAGUGACAGUUCAAGAAAAGUUUCAGGAUCAUCAAGAAAUAAAAUUCUUGAUCCUCAGGAACCAUUUCUUCAGUUCUGGAACAAAGUAUUUGUCUUCGCUUGUAUUAUUUCAGUGGCCAUUGAUGCAUUGUUUUUCUACAUUCCUGUCAUUGAUAACAAGAGAAAGUGCCUUGAUUUGGAUCGUACAUUGAAGAUCCCUAUUUCUAUUCUUCGAUCAGUCUCCGAUCUUUUCUAUAUCUAUCAUAUCAUCUUGCAGUUUCGCACUGGCUUUAUUACUCCUUCUUCUCGAGUAUUUGGUAGGGGUGAGUUGAUCGAGGACUCUUCCCUUAUAGCCAAGCGAUACUUGUUUCCUUAUUUCAUCAUUGACAUUUUAGCCGUUCUUCCACUCCCACAGAUGGUGCUCUUUAUCAUCGCUCCUAAUACAAAUCGUCCCAUUUCUUUGGUGACGAGAAAACAGUUGGUGAUUGUUAUAUUUGCACAAUAUAUUCCAAGACUCCUUAGGAUAUACCCAUUAUACAAGGAAGUAACAAGGACAACAGGCUUUUUAACUGAAACGGCAUGGGCUGGAGCUGCUUUCAAUUUAUUCCUAUUCAUGAUUGCCAGUAAUGUAGUUGGAGCGUUUUGGUAUUUGAUCACAAUAGAAAGACAAGAUGACUGCUGGAGCCAUGUAUGUAAGGGUAUUAAAAACUGUGUGCUAGACAGCAUAUGUUGUGGACAUCUAGGGAAAGCAAACACUCAAUUUCUAAAUUCUUCUUGUCCUCUCCUGAAACCGGAAGAUGUACAAGAGCAUGACUUUGAUUUUGGGAUAUUUCUUGAUGCUCUUCACUCUCGAGUUGCUGAAAAAAGAAACUUCUGGUCCAAACUCACCUAUUGCUUCUGGUGGGGGCUGCGAAAUUUAAGUUCUUUUGGCCAAGACCUUAAGACAAGCAACUCUGUAUGGGAGAUUCGCUUUGCCAUCUUCAUCUGCAUUGUUGGCCUGAUUCUGUUUUCGUUGCUUAUUGGCAACAUGCAGGAAUAUUUGCAGUCUAUCACAGUUAGAGUAGAAGGAAUGAGAUUGAGAAGGCGAGAUGCAGAACAGUGGAUGUCUCACCGCAUGCUUCCUGACAACCUGAGAGAGCGUAUUCGAAGAUAUGAGCAGUACAAAUGGCAAGAAACUAGAGGCGUUGAUGAAGAUUAUCUAAUUUCUAACCUUCCCAAAGACUUGAAAAGAGACGUAAAACGCCAUCUAUGUUGGUCUUUGCUCAAAAGAGUUCCCAUGUUUGAGAAGAUGGAUGAACAGUUGCUGGAUGCGUUGUGUGAUCGACUAAAACCAGCUCUUUUCACAGAGAAUAGCUUCAUAAUCCGAGAAGGCGAUCCAGUGAGUGAGAUGCUUUUUCUCAUGAGAGGUACUUUAUUGACUAUGACCACCAAUGGUGGAAGAACUGGUUUCUUCAACUCUGCAUCUCUCAAGGCUGGUGAUUUCUGUGGAGAGGAGCUUCUUACAUGGGCUUUGGACCCUCAUGCUUCCUCGACUCUUCCCUCCUCAACUAGAACAGUAAAAGCUGUCAUAGAUGUCGAAGCUUUUGCUCUCACAGCUGAUGAUCUCAAGUUUGUCGCAGCCCAAUUUAGACGUCUUCAUAGCAAGCAGCUUCGGCAUACUUUCAGAUUCUAUUCACAGCAUUGGAGGACAUGGGCAGCCUGCUUUAUACAAGCCGCAUGGCGUCGACACAGCAGGAACAAGCUUGAGAAAUCUUUGAAAGAGGAAGAAGAUAGACUACAGGCUGCAUUAGCAAAUGAGGCAGCCAAUUUGCCAAGCCUUGGAGCUACCAUUUAUGCAUCAAAGUUUGCUGCUAACGCGCUGCGUGCCUUGAGGCGCAACCAUCCAAGGGGUUCCAAAUCAUUUACCAGAUUGAGUCCCUUACUGCUUCAGAAGCCAGCUGAACCUGAUUUUAGCUCCUAA